CCCGCCAUUUCCAAUUUCAGCUGCAGACAGGCGGCGAAAGUAGUUCAAGUUCUAUUUACCACCGUGAAAACGAACUGAGCUUGCCGCGACAUUAAUAUGGCGAGCCCAGAAAGAGCAAGGGUCUCUGCCCGCGGGGCAAGCGCGGCUCGCGUGACAGUGAACCUCUUAGCAACAGGUCGGCAACACGAAAUAGACACUUUUCCGGACAGUCAGACGAUUGGUGACCUAAAAACGCUAAUCGAACGACAGUGCGCGAUAGACCGAGAGGAGAUGCGCCUCAUGCACAACGGCCGCAGUCUCACUGUCAGCAUGGACCAGAUUCUCUUGAGUGCUGCAGGUAAAUUGACUUUUUUGUUAUGUCAGUCAGAACAAGGCGAGUAGGAGGACCUGUGACAGGGGACGCAUAUUGACACUGCCCCUGACGUGACCCUGUAGAGAAAUUUGAACUGGACUGUGCUGUCAUUGUCAUGGCGUCGUGAAAUAAGUAUUUCACCGUCCCGUAUUUCGAAAGAAAUUAAGUGCGUAGUGUUUACUUCUCGCAUCCUUUCGUGAACUUCUAGGCAUAGCAGAUGGAGCACAGCUCGUGGUGAUGAUUCGGCUGAAUGUAUACAAUGAGGUGGCAGGACAGACGCGCAUCGAUGGCGCAGCGAAGGAUAACUAUGUUAGGGCCCUUUCAUUUUUUUGAGACAGCGAGGACAGUGUUGGUUUACUCUGAGUGAAAGUGGUGUCAGAUCGGAUAUUUUUUUCUCAAAUUCAUCUGCGCUUACGGCAGUUUCCUAAUUUGAGCAACGCAGCGGGCAACAAUUUUGAUUUGGCGCGAGACGGAGCGUUUAAGGGCGCUCAAAUCUUGGUAUUACAUCUAUACACAUUUGGAGGCUUCGACUUUCGCUUUCCACAAAGCGCUCUCGAACAGAAGGGAUUUCGCAUAAAACGCUUUACAGCAGUUCCGGAUACUGAGUUAAGGAGGUGCCUCGUCCUUCUCCUGCUACUCCUAGAAUGUCAAUAUUAUCAUCUAUAAUUAAGUCUUCGAAUUCGCUGUCACAGGAUCCAUAAACUGACCCCUCCUAGUAACCACAGCAAAAUAGGACGAGUCAAACAAGAAAACAGCGCCUAACGCCCCCCGUGCUUAUGUAUCAUCUAAUAUAUGUUUUACGGUCUGAACUUGCUGACUGCUGCCAGCUGUGGAUGAUCUCUUCUAUCGAAGGGCGACUUUUGGAACCCCACAUGGCAGUAAUCAAGGAAUUCUGGUAUAAAGGAAACGGUGUUUACAUCUGGGGCGAGAACAAGCCAUGCUAUGAGGACGCGAAUCGAUUGGGAAAGUACCUUAUCGGCGCAACGAUGUCUUAUGAAGAAAUUGCCAAAAUGCAAAUAAUUCACUCCCACAAUGUUGAAUGAUGUGCAUCUCGGACUAACUACUGGUGCUGCUUGCUUCUCUUGUUCAACCAAUACUUCUACGUCAACUGAUGUGAGAGUCUCUUGGCCGAUUCUUCUAAACGUUUGGGAAUGUUCCUGGCGGCAAAGUUGUUCGCGAGCGCCCGCUCGUCGCCACGCGCGGAGCAACCGCUUCUGAGGGACCCGGGUUCGUGCAGCAUCUUAUCACCACUGGGUUGGAGACCCUUUUUGAGGGAGUAACUUUAUGAGGCUACGAGCACGAACAUAUGGAAGACGGAUUUUUACCGUUACGCCCUCCUCUAGUGCUGGUACUGCUGGAGAAAUUGAUAUCUGCACUUGCACACACUGCGAGAGCGACUGCCUUCGCUGAGAAAGUGUGGUGUCACUUAGGAAGAAAUAUAGAAGAUACACGCGAUCAUCUUCGUCUUCCUGCAACAUCACUUUUCCUCCUACGCUAAUGACUGUGGCAACGAUUCACCAGGACCGCAACUUUCACCGACAAAAGAUGAAGCCGCUCGUUUACGGUUCUGAUAUGAUCUGUAAGGCUCGAGGAUUCUAAUUACGUAGGACUAGGAGCUACUUGUGGAGUAAUUAAUUUACGCCAACUUGUUGAUGUUGGCUCCGAUUAUUUUAGCCAGAGCCAAGCGGAAAAGUAGUCUGUCCAACCUGGGACGUCGUUAAGCUCAUCCUUUCUUCUUCGUCCGUUCGUGAAGUAUGUUGUAUAUGCAAUUUUAGGAUGCUGGUGCUCUCGUUCCCUGCACGUCAUGAAUGGAGGAAAAACUCAGUUACGAGAUGACCUCUCGUUUCAGGGUCCUCGUCCUAUGUGGCGUCCUCCGCUCGUGACCGCUCCAACGAAAGUGCAGCACAUCCUGAGUUUGCAGAUACGAAGAGGGCGGUGGCGCUCUGCAUUCACCUAGCUUUGGAAGGCGGUCGCCUUCUGAAGUGAACGGGGCGGUCGCCCUGGUGCUUGCACUGUCGUCGGGCGGUCGCCCAAUGACAAGAGAAAGCAGUUGCCCUGUGCUCUUUGGGACGGUGGCCCCCCAGAGUUCACUGCGCGUUUGCGUAUUAUUUCCGUGCGCAGCGCGAGCGACCAUCAAGAUCAAAAUUGAAGUCAUAAUGAGAGAACAAACUGAAACUGAAGCAUGAUAUCGACAUAAAUUUAGUGAACACCCCUUUGAUCCUGUUGAUGUCGCGGCUUAAUCGUUGUUCAUUUUCGCCGGACCCGGCGGCGUUCCGCAGCCCAACUUGGUCACUGCCGUGUACGAGCAAGAUGGGCGUCGGCUGAUCAUCGAUACGGGUUUCACGCGUCUCUACGUGAAUUGGGACUCGGCUGGAACCGGGCGCUACGUGAGCAACGCAGCUGCUUGGCUCGCAAAUUUCGAGAGGUUCCAACAGUACGCACACCCAGACCUCAACCUGAUGGGUUUGCAUUUGGCCCGGGAAGAGAUUGAGGAGUUACGCGAUGCGUUUGAGCUAUUUGACAAGUCGAAAACGGGAUACAUCAAUUUUGACGAUUUGCAGUCAGUGCUUCUUUCGCUAGGACAACAUGCAGACGCAGAAGAAAUCUCAGAUAUGCUAGCGACGGUGCAGGAAAGCAAUCCAGAUGCAGAGAUGAUCAACUUCAGAGAAUUUCUUGGUAGGUAUGAAUGAUCCUUCAACUGUUGCCUUCGUCGAACAAUCGCGAAGUUCUCUAUAUCUGAUUCACAACCUGCUCCUACAGCACCUUCGUCAUCUUGCGUUCAGUAUCUCCCUUGACUACUUUGACUUUGAAAUGAUGUUUCCCUCUCUCACUCUAGGUAUCAUCAACGGUGCAGUUGAGGACGCCAAUGUUGAGCAGGAGAUCUAUGAGGCCUUCGUGAUGUUCGAUUCUGAAGAAAACAACUUCAUUUCCGCCAAUGAACUGAAAAUAGUGAUGGAUAGUUUGGGCACUCGGGUUUCGCACCAGGACGUUCAGGAGAUGAUCACCGAAGCGGAUCUGAACGGCGAACGCAGGAUAAAUUACGACGAAUUCUUCAAGAUCAUGACUACGGGAACAGGAGGUGGAACUACAAACGGCAAGAACGGUACUACCGGAGGUAAGAAGAACGUGGUGUCGAAGCAGGAAAAGGAAAGGUUGGAGGACAAAGCUGAGCGGAGGCACGGACGUGGACAGCGUGCUCGCAUGGCGCAUUUGAGGGCUGCGCAACGGUGGGAUGCCCUAAGGACCCAGGUGAUGAAGGCUGUCAGAAGACGACGAGUCGAAAAUCAGGAAAAUUAUGGUUUUUUGAUCGCAUGUUGCCACCUGAAUCUUUACUUGUUCUUCUCCGCCCAUAGGCACCGUAGUCUGUUUGUAGUAUAAAUGCGACCUCCACUUUAUUUGCAAAACUCUAACAAUAGGUGACUAGCGACAACAACGCCGCUCUUGAUCACCAGCGGAUUCGCCACUUGCUUGGACUGAUGGUCACAACAGUGAUUACCACAGUGUGUAUCGUGGUGCCUUUGGUCCUGCAGGCUCAAUUUAAGUCGCAGAUGUCGAAAGCGCAAGAUUUAAGGGAGCUUGCACACGCGGGGAAGAUGGUGCAGUACUACGACGAAGCGCUGACGAUGUCAGCACGAAUGGUGUGGCAUUAACUGAGAAUUUCUGCUUGUAGUGACGCCUGCCUAGGCAAUGAAAAAAGAGGCGUUCCCUUUGUGUUUGUCAGAUUGGAAAAAUAAUCGCAGACGUAGUUAAUAGUUGUACCGGAUUGGAGUAAGCAAAGCACAGGAGGACGGGUAUGAACAAAAUGAAAUUGGCAAUGGCAAGAAUUUCCAAUAUUUAGAUCGUGAACUUGAACAUGAUCUUCAAGAAACUAUAAAAGAUUUCUGACAGUGCUAAUCAUCACCGCCAUUACUGCUGCGCAAGAGAUGACGGAUAGCGCCCAUAUUUCUGGGAGCUCAAACCGGUGCGAUCUUUCGGGAGUAAGCGAUUACCUCUGUUGUACGCGUUGGGUUGCGCGGUACAACCAAUUUGUGCCUCUGAUGGACGCCGCGAUCGCGACUAUUGACGCGAAGGCUUCUGAUAUCGCAAAAUCGUAUGGGUUAGCAGUGAAGGACCCCAACGCGAAGCUGAUCGCCCGAGAAACUGUGGCAUUGAACAUGUGCGGUGGCACUGGUGCGCCAGGUUCUGCGGGUACAGGCGUGCGCUCCGCCUCAUCGGGGGGUAUGCUUAGCGUAAAUCCAGACGCAACCGCACAAGCGAUGAGCGCAGGCUACGCGUCUGUCACUGGUCUUAGUCUUUCGGGCCCAUCGACCACCACGGUCCUGCCGGGUGGGACGAAUACACCUGGACGCGGGUUACUGAAUGGCAUCGAUGCGCUUUUCGACGAAGGCAUGUACGUCAAGCAAACGACAGGGGCCAACAUUAACGUACUCACGGACCGAACUGGUGCAUCGUACGUGCGGCGUGAAUUUUUGGCGGACGAAGUUGUGUCUACGAGCACUUCGUCGGAUGGCACAGUUACCGAUGUACAAUUCAAGUUUGCUGGGGCGCCUCAGGUGGAUCUGCAGCGCGUGAUAUCUGGCGCGCAUCUCGGCGUGACCUGGCGUGUCAAGAGGGUCUACGAGAACACGUUAACGCAGUGGCUCGGCAUCAUCGAGGGCGACACAACAAUGGGCGAGUACCGUCCAUGGCUAGCGCGCAUUGCGCAAGGGACCACUACGAAGUUGGACCCGAUUGGCACCUUCAACCCGACCACGAGCUUUUCCGAUUUCAGUACUGCCCUUUCCGGCGUCUCCUCCAGCAGUGGCAAUGUGACCAUUUCCGUUGUGGACCCAAUGACAGCGACCUCCUACGACAGUGAAAAGGGUAACUUGAUGGGUGCUGUGCGGCGACUCGAGGAUCUGAUCGAGGAAAGAGUAGCAGAUUUUGACCGGGAUCACUGGAGUUCUGCGAUGCGGAACGGGAUGGUGUUGGUCGUCUGCGCGAUCUGUCAAGGUUUUGCCGUUUUUCUGCUCAUUCUGCAGGAAAAACGGCUAGUUCUGAUGGAAUACAAGCUCUCGAAAAGCGAGGAUCAGUGCCAAGAUCUCAAACAGCGAGACUGGCUCACAUCCGAGGCACUUCCGGUCUUACGCGCGACCAUCGUGGAAGACAUCCAGCGAUCGUGGUACAACUAUCGCGCUUCAAUCGAGAACAGCCUAUCGCCUAGCAAAGGACAAAGGAGUGCUGGUGGUGGAGCCACAGAUGAGCACGAGCAGACAGACGCUGUGGAAAACUCGUCCACGGCGCCAGGUCCCCCUUCGCCCGACCGAAGAAUCCCACCACAGGUUGUCGCUGCGGAGCCACCGCUCCAGCGCACAGAGUCCCAAAAAUUGCGAAUGACCGCAAUUUGGACCAACAAGUUCAAGAAAAUAGCUCGUUUACAGAAGCUCCAAAUGUACAUGUCCGAACUGGACGAUGUCACAGCGAAGUUGCGGCCCUUCAAGAAAUACCAGUUCCGACUCAUGAUUGUCGCGGAACUUGUCUGUCUCAUCUGCAUUCUAGUGCCCUCAAUGUUCGAAAUUGUGAACAACGAGAGCAUACGCGCUACGGCGGAACUGCGCAAUCUGCAGGAGGCGGGAGACCUCGUUCAAUACUAUGACGAGGCGCUCACAAUGUCAGCGCGUAUGGCUGUGCUACGAGGCGACAAAGGGUUAUGACAUGAUGGAGGUCUGUGUCAAAUGCUUACCGUGAUCGUGAUGUCCAUUUAAGUAGAUCCUAGUGGCCAACAAGGCUAGCCGUAACAUAGUCGCAACGGCGACCAUAGCACAAAACACACGAAACCAAAAAACAAAAUCCUGCGAGAUCGUACGCGUUGCCCCCCGGAGCGCGUCAAUACAAACAAACAAAGAAACAAACAAACAAACAGACAAACAAAGGAAAUUCUAGAAAAUGAAAAUGCUAUGCCAGCGUAUAUUCAUGAUCGUGAACAAUCAUCGAACCAUCUCCUAGCUACUGCCCUAAAACCCGGCUGGUCUCGUAGAUACAGCAGCUUUGUGGGACCGAUGGAUGUCAUGCUUGGCAGUCCACCUGAUGUCGUUCCUUCUUUCAAAGGUCGCAUCGAGAUCAUUGAAGACGUCCUCUUGAACCAGUUUGGCACCGGACAUGAUGAAGAGAGCACUGUGGGCAACAUCUGGGAUAGUUUUAGCACAGCGAUCGUCACAGCGAACGCGGCGCUUGUUGGCCUGGAAACUGCCGCACUCGACGCAGCUGCGUUCAAAGAUGCCACCGCUCCCAGCACAGAGGCAACACGGUAUCAAAAUGGCAAAGCCGGACUCUUCGACGCCACGUACGAAGGACACAAAACCACACUUUCGAACGCGAUAGUGAACACGCUGACCGGUAAAAUUGCAGCGCUCGUGACAUAUCAACAAAAUAGCGACGACGACCGCCUCGACCUUAACGAAGUCAUCAUCGGACUCGUGAUCACGUUUCUGGUCAUCAUCCUUUUAGGGCACGGCUAGUUUUUGGGCAGUACGUAGCGGUAGAAGUCAUUACAUAAUACCCACAGAAAUCCCUAUUGAUGCCAGUCAACUAUCAGCUCAACAAGUCAAAAGUACUCUAUCUCUAUCUGGAGCUGGACCUUCAGUAAACUUAAACUACUAGUUUCAGAAUGAAGAGAAUGAGAAGAUGAAGGUUGUUCUUUACUUUUCUACUUCUACGAAUUUCGACGUUGGGGUUGGAGACUGUUCAAAUCGUCGUUGCAAGACUUCUAACACCUUUCGUGAUUGGAUAUUACGAGUACCGUUUGAUCACGUUGGAGAAGCUGUUUUUGGAGACGUAUCGAAACGUCAUGAAGUACGAGCAGCGAGAUUGGCUAACAAACGACGCUUUGCUUACUUUACUUAUGACUCGUGCAGGAAAUGGGAAUUCAAAUCUCAAUCUACUUAGGUAUCUUCGGAAUGAUCUGAGAUUGAAUCAGUUUUUCUAUUCAAAAGAUGAAGUAGAAUGAAUGCAAAUACAAGAUCGGCCGGUGAAGCAGAUCGAUUUUGCGAAUUGAUACAACUGCUCUAAGCUACGGACAAACAUCAUAUCUGAUGUAAGGCGUGCCACUUUGCGGAGGUACGAGGAGGCUGAGGACGAGCGGAAGCCCUUCAUUGAGGUGAUGCAGAAGCCGAAGGAUUUGGCUAUCGCAGACGUGCCUGUAACGGCGAGCACCAUGCGCUUCAUGGAACACGCAUGAAGUUGCCCUCUAAGGAAGAAACUUGACACAUAGGGGCGGUCGCGGUUGAGACUACAAUUAUAGUCUUAGGUACGUGCUGUAGUGAAGAUCUUCAAAUUCAAUCUAAACAUGACGUUCAUUAUUUUUUUUUUCGAUGCCAACGGUCUUCCCAUCGAUCUACUGCUAUUAGCCGCACAAAUACAAGGCUGUUGAAAAGCAUUGGAGAAGAGAAAUGUGGAGAUACGUAAACUUCAAUGAUCAACACACACAAACAAGGAAGACGCAGAUAGCUGGCACUGCUUCGUUUACGCAACAUCAACUCGCUUCAUCUCCCGUCUGGCAAAACAACGGGUAGGAACACAGCCGAGUAAUCAUAGUGAAGGACACAACGCACGAAGGUAGUAGUCACAGAAACAGGUAAAAAGAAAGACCAACACUUUUCAGAAAAAAACAGGGCGCUCUUCUUUCUUUCGACAAUACAUAGUAGCAUUAGCUCAACAAAGAGAAAAACGAUAGAACGGAGUAGGUAGCAAGUAGGUUGGUUGAGGUUUUUUUUUAGGUUGUCGCUCUCGCUGUCUUCCACCUGUUUGUCAACCGUCUAUCUGUCUGGUAAUGUCUCGCGCUCUCGGGAGGUAGUUUAAGUUUAUGUUUUACUUCUGAACGAAAUCAUUUCGACGCUCCCUGUGGUAGAUCAAUACGUGAAAGCUGCUGUUUGAGUUAGUUUCGAACGGCUACAGUUACUGUUUAGCGAUUACUUCUGUGUCUCGUUUCAAAGCUUUUGUAAUUCUUCUUGUGUGUGGCAACAUCGUGCCGAACCUCUAAGACGCUUCUAUGGCAGUCAAGCGGAUCUUUGUGCGAAAUUCAUUGUUGUGCCUUGCAGAUAGCGAAGCACACAAGAAAAAAGAACAUACUGAUGAUAAUGUAGUUGUAGAACGAAUAAGUAGCCUCUCACGCAAUUCAGAGACAUCGUGCACAGCUUCACAUCAACUUAAGUAGUUGAUUAUGUUGUAAGCAAAUAUAGUUUCGUGGUAAUGGUGUUGGUGACAGCACGUUUCGGGACAACGCUACGAAGAUAAUGCAAUUGUUAAUGACUGGACAGGAUUUGCCAUUGCCUUGUAAGUAUGCCUAUGCGUAUCUUCGAAUUUAGAUGAAAUUAAAUGAGAAUUGAUAAAGAUAAACCUCAAUCGACAACUUGCACAGCCAUGACAAGACCAAAUGCAAAUAUUUGUGAGGAACAAAAUUCGAUAUAUUAAUUGAGAAGAUGAAGCAGGUCAUCAUUUUCGAAUGCAAGAACCCCGUCAACAAGAUGGUGGUAAACAUCAACAGUACAGUAAUGAAGGAGGAAAUAUACC